ACACGCGUCAGACUUACGCCUAGACGAAGACAGCGUGCGUGGUCAGCACGACGACUCCUAGAUGUGUGCUACGCGUCGUGUGAACUUCAUGAGAGCCGUCUCAAAUCGGCAGAGCUCCCCCAAGGGUUUUAGGAGGUUUUAGGCAAAGCAGCCAUGGGGAGCGCUCUCUCUUCCACCACAACAAGUUCAAGAGAUACUCCCAGCACAAACUCGUCUUCCAACUCGGAGAGUCCGACCGAUUUUCAGAACCUCGACUCAUCGCCGAUCCUGCCAAAUCCCAGCACGUCCGACUUUGAUUCUAAAACCCUAGACCCCAAAUCCAAGACUCCUGAAACCGACAGCCAGGAAAACUCGGUAUCAACCAAGUCCGUGGAUUCCUCAAUAGGAGGCAAUGGGGCCACCCAAGAACAUUUGGACCAGUCGGAGAUGGUGGUCUCUGAGAAUGCGGACGAGGGGGAAGAAGAAGGAGAGGAGGGAGAGUGCGGGUUUUGCUUGUUUAUGAAGGCGGGUGGGUGCAAGGAUAGCUUUAUAGCGUGGGAGCAGUGCAUUGAGGAGGCUGAGAAGACGAAGGAGGACAUUGUGGAGAAGUGCUCGGAUGUCACUGGGGCGUUGAAGAAGUGUAUGGAGGCUCACGCGGACUACUACGAGCCAAUACUCCGGGCCGAGAAGAUGGUCGAGGAGGAGGCCGUUAAGGAAUUGGAAAUGGAGAAGCAGAUGAAGAAGGAGAAGGAAGCUUCUACCGAGGGUUCAUACCAAUACGUGGUUUCGGAUUCGAAGUUUUCCGAGCGGGGAGGGGCUUCUCAGUGACAAUUGAGACGAUAAGUAUUUUUUUUCUAAAUUAUAUUUUACUAGGAAUCAAAAUAGCUCUAAUUUGCUGGUAUGACUGGCGAUAAAACAGAAUACUUUUGGAGUUUUCUCUUCUCUUCUCUUCUCUGUUUUUUUGUUUCGAAAAUUAAAUUUUGAAUAUAAGGAGGCCGGUUUAGAGGCAAUUACGGAAUUGUUAUGAAUGGAGGCAUGUUAGCUUAUAUCUGUUUUGACUUCAGAAUAAGUGGAUAAUGAUUUUUCACUUAAA